UGCUUGUUUUGUUUUUCUUCAGAAAAAAGAACAUAUCCGUUCCUUGGCUAUGUGUGGCCAUGUUGGUUUUGAAAGUUUACCUGAGCAGCUGGUCGAUAGAUCCAUUCAGCAAGGCUUCUGUUUUAAUAUUCUCUGUGUGGGGGAGACUGGAAUUGGAAAGUCAACACUGAUUAACACACUGUUUAACACUAAUUUUGAAGAACUUGAGUCCUCACAUUUUUGCCCAUGUGUUAGACUUCGAGCUCAGACAUACCAACUCCAGGAAAGUAAUGUUCACUUGAAACUGACCAUUGUAAAUACAGUGGGAUUUGGUGACCAAAUAAAUAAAGAAGAGAGCUACCAACCAAUAAUUAAUUACAUAGAUGAUCAAUUUGAAGCCUAUCUCCAAGAAGAAUUGAAGAUCAAGCGUGCUCUUUUUAACUACCAUGACUCUCGUAUCCAUGUGUGCCUCUACUUCAUUGCUCCAACAGGCCAUUCUCUAAGGACACUUGACCUCUUAACCAUGAAGAGCCUGGACAGCAAGGUGAACAUUAUACCAUUAAUUGCCAAGGCAGAUACAAUUUCUAAAAGCGAAUUACAGAAGUUUAAGAUGAAGCUCAUGAGUGAAUUGGUCCUCAAUGGUGUUCACAUCUAUCAGUUUCCAACAGAUGACGACACUACUGCCAAGAUCAAUGGUGCAAUGAAUGGACAUUUGCCAUUUGCUGUGGUAGGAAGUAUGGAUGAGAUACAAGUUGGAAAUAAGAUGGUCAAAGCUCGCCAGUAUCCUUGGGGUAUUGUACAAGUGGAAAAUGAAAAUCACUGUGACUUUGUAAAGCUGCGGGAAAUGCUUAUUUGUACAAACAUGGAGGAUCUGCGGGAGCAGACCCAUAUGAGGCACUACGAGCUUUACAGGCGCUGCAAACUGGAGGGAAUGGGCUUUUCAGAUGUGGGCCCAGAAAACAAGCCACUCAGUCUUCAAGAGACUUAUGAAGCCAAGAGACACGAGUUCUAUGGUGAGCGUCAGAGGAAGGAAGAGGAGAUGAAGCAGAUGUUUGUGCAGCGAGUAAAGGAGAAGGAAGCCAUUUUGAAAGAAGCUGAAAGAGAGCUUCAGGCCAAAUUUGAGCACCUUAAAAGAAUUCACCAGGAAGAGAGAAUGAAACUUGAAGAAAAGAGGAGAAUUUUGGAGGAAGAAUCAAUAUCUUUCUCUAAGAAGAAGACUACCUGUGAUCUGUUCCAGAGCCAGUCAUUUAUGGCAUCAAGUAGCAGCAUUAAGAAGGACAAAGACCGAAAGAAAGAAUCAGGCUAUCAGCUGGCACUCCUGUGCUUUGAAGUCAGAGCUGUUGAAAUCAGUGAUGGACAUAAAGAUGCAGAGGAAGGGAGAGAGGGCCACAGCUCAAGGGGGUGGCUUGAAUAGCGAUUGGAUGAUAAUCUAAGCUUAUAGAUUUAGGAUAUGUGUUACAGUUACCAGUUUUUGAAAAUAAGUUUAUUUUCCUUUUUGAUAAUUUCAUUCUGUACUCUGUAUCCCUUGUUUUAUUCUUCCUACUUUACAUAUCCUUUGUCCACUUCACUGUUUUUACUGUCAAGAAACCUUCCAUGCUUUGUUCAUUGUGGGUCUUCUGCUCCACUGGCCCCUGUCAUAGGAGGACGAUGUUCCCUGUGUCCCUCACAGAACAAGACUCCUGCUUCUGUGAACUCAGUGCCUACAUUUUGUGUAAUUAUUUGUUGAAAGAAAGAAUGUAUAAAAUAGAUGUGUUUUGAAUGCAGUAUUGGAUUUAAGAUAUAAAUUAUAAAUUCAAGUUAUUACUAUUUUUACCAUGCUUUGAAUUCAAAAGAGCUCUUUUUACUUUAUUAUUCCUUCAUUGUAAUCUAGUUUAACAAAAUAAGAUCCCCCAAUUUUCUCAUAUAUUUCUCCCAAUGAAAGCUGUCAUUCUCCUUCAGAGUCAUGCUAUUGUUUACAAAGUCAGACAAACACAUAUAUUCUUUUUUCUUUCUUCCCUUGUAUCCUGAUACUUGGGAUUGAGCCUACAGCUUCCCUUACGGUAGGUGGCACUCUUACUGCUGAGCUUUAUUGCAGGCUUUUUUUUUUUUUUUUUUCCUUUUUUGAGAUGGGGAGUCAUAUAGUCUAGGGUGGCUUCAUACGCUUUGUGUAGUUGAGACUAAUGCUGAACUUGUGGUAGUCAUUCCUUUCCCUCUAAGAGCUGGGAUUACAGUGUGUGCCACCAUGUCUGGUUCUAGUUUAUUCAGUGCUAAAGGAUCUAAUCCAUAGCUUUGUGCACCGUUUACCAGCUGAGCUACAUCCCAUCCCCAGCUCAAGCACAGAUUGUAAGAGGUCAGGACUAAAGACAAUGUGGCUUGCUGUUUUUUUGUUUUUUUGUUUUUUUCACAGUCCCAUAGCUACAUAUCCUAUAUGUGCUGACUAUUUGCUCUUCCUAUAAAAGCUUUGUGAGAUUGAUGCUUUUGAUAAUUUUUGCUGGUUAUGUUGUUUUUUAAAUUGUUCCAUUCAAAAGAUUUUUUUCUUUUCAGCUUCAGUUUUAUGUAAAACAAGAGUUCCAGAGCACAGAUGUCAUCACAAUCAAAAGUUAUCUGUAUGCUUUGAGUUUUGGUCUUUUUGCCUUAUCACUAACUCAGUUAUCUAGCAAAGGACUAAAGUUAUUCACAUUUAUAGAAGAAUAUUUUCACAUAUAAGGCUGAUCUGCCAGUCAAAGUGUGCAUUUCCCACACAUUUAUUGUUAGGAAUCUGUAAGUUGCUAGUUUGUUGUGGAUCUCGGUCUACUUUCCUGCUGCCAAAUUGUCACUUUACUGCGUUUGGUAUUCUAAAUAGCAAAGGGUUAUUGCCAUUAAAACUACAGAACUCCUUCAUGUUACGAAUAUCUGAUUGUAUUUUUAUUCUGUCAUGAACUUAUUUUUUUGUUGUAUAUUAAACAGAAAACACCGGAGGCAUAUACUUCAGAGUGUAUUACAAAGUUAAAGCUAACAUCAAUAGUAGAAAACUUUAAAAUAUUUAAUACAGUGACUCAGUUAUCAAUAUCCUGAGGUUUUAUGUCAAACUGUAUAACCUUGUAUGUGCCUUGUGUAUUGCUUGAUAAAAAUUUGAAAAGUUAAAACAUUUGAAGCUGGAUUAUCAUUAUUUUCCUAUAUCAUAAAUAUUUUUUUAAAUGCUGCCUUUCAGGGACUAAGCAAGUUGAAAGAAACCUGGAAAUUGUAUCAGAGCAUCUGAAUCUUAAAUAUAUUAAAAACUUGACACUUCACAGUUCAGGAGAUUUUUCCAUUCAGUGCCUUAAUAGUCCUAGAGCAAUGUUUAUCUUUUCUAAUGAUUAUACGUAUAUAUGUUUUCAUUCUUUUGUACUUGAAUAUCCUGUAUUCUGAAUAAAAUUGAUAUUCUUGACAAAUCUA